GACGUGGCAAGACCGCUGGCUGAAACGAAUUGGGACAGGGUUUCAAGGAGCUAAAAGCACUAGAAGGCUGAAGACGAUUUCUACUUUGGACAGUACACUUAAUUUGUAAGCUGUCAGUCAACAUGGAUGCCCCACACGGAGACCCACGAGCUUGGACAAGGGAACAAGUAAAAGAGUGGAUUAUCAGUCAAGGAUGCCGCAGUAUGGAUCUUAACAUUGAGGGAGAUGAGCUGUGCCGGAAGGGCAGGAGAUGGUUUAGGGACAACUUUCCAGGGAUGGGCCAGAAGCUUCGUGAUGACCUGCAACGAAGGCGUGAUGCCAUUGCAAAUGAACGGAUGUUUGCGGAUAAAGGAAGAACAGAAAAACGUGUCACUGAGGGGACCAGGGUAGCCUUCCUUACAAUGGCAUUCCAGAUCUGCAUGAUCUUCUACCUGCUCAGAGAGCAGCUGCAAAAAGCAUCUAACAUCCUACAGCAUUUGUAUGCGCUUCUCGAUGUUGUCAAACGAAGAGCUGGCAAGAAUAAAGUUGAUCCUGACCUCUUCAGAGAGGGAAGAAUUCAAAGCAGCAUCACAAGCAGGGCAGCAGUGGGCUCCGACGAAGUUACACUAGUGCAUGGAUCAGAAUGCAUUGAUGUUACUGGUGAGACAAACAGCAAGGCAGUAACAACAAUGUGCGAAGCCAUGAAUGUCAUAGGAGCAGACCUGAAAAUCAAAUUUAAGAUUGCUCUAUGGAAGAAAGUUGCAUUUGGAGCAGCAGCUGCAAGUGCAGUAGGGUUGACUGCAGGUGGGGCAGCAGUUUUCUUUGGAGCAUUCACAAAUUUGUAG